AUGAUGGCGAACUCACUUCGAUUGUACUUGACCUGCAUUCGGAACACCCUGGAAGCCGCAUUGUGCUUACAGAAUUUCCCCUGUCAGGAAGUUGAAAGGCACAAUAAACCGGAAGUUGAACUCAAGACCAGUCCGGAGCUUCUUCUGAAUCCUGUUCUAAUCUGCAGAAAUGAGGCUGAGAAAUGUUUGAUAGAAACGUCUAUAAACUCCUUACGGAUAAGCCUUAAGGUUAAGCAGGCAGAUGAACUUGAGAACAUACUUACAAAGAAAUUUCUCAGAUUUCUAUCUAUGAGAGCAGAGGCAUUUCAAGUAUUAAGGAGAAAACCAGUGCAGGGAUAUGAUAUUAGUUUUCUUAUCACUAAUUUUCAUUGUGAGGAGAUGCAGAAGCAAAAGCUUAUAGAUUUUAUUGUUCAGUUCAUGGAGGACAUCGACAAAGAGAUUAGCGAGCUGAAAAUGUCUGUCAACUCACGGGGAAGGCUUGUUGCUACCGAGUUCUUGAAGCAAUUCAUGUAA